AUGGACCUCAGCACAGAGUUCAGCCGCUGGAAGGCGCAGAGCCUGAGCAAGGCGGACCUCAGCCGGAAAGGCAGCGUGGACGAGGACGCGGUGGCGGUGGUGGAAGAUGCCAGCGUGCACCGUUUAAAGCCGUGCCCAGAGAAAGUGAAGCCCCUAGAGAUGCCCUUUAAGCGUCAGUUACGAUGCAGUAGCAAAGGUGCUCUAGGUCACUAUUCUGAAGACCUCCCUCCCCAGCAUUCGGUGGCCAUCGACUCUGGCUUCAGGAACUCUGGCAUCACAGUGGGAAAGCGAGGAAAGACCAUGCUGGCUGUCCGGAGCACACACGGAUUAGAAGUUCCAUUAAGUCAUAAGGGAAAAUUGAUGGUUACAGAGGAAUAUAUUGAGUUCCUACUAACUAUAGCAAAUCAGAAAAUGGAGGAAAACAAGAGAAGGAUUGAAAGGUUUUAUAACUGUCUACAACAUGCUAUGGAAAGAAAAACCAUUUCCAACUCACAUUCUGAGAUCAAAGAGAAAAAUAACCCACUUUGUACUCGUAAGAGUAAAAGGAACCGAGAAAAAGCACAUGACCCAUCUGUCCCUGAAGACAAAGAGAAGGAGCUGGAAGGUGGCGACAGCCUGGGAAUCAGUGCUGUGUUCUCCUCGGAGGGGGACUAAGAUCUGGCUCUGGCCGUGUCCAACACACAUUAUAAAGAUGCUCUUUACAAGAGUGCUGUGUUUGCUGAGUGUGUCAGCCCUUUGGGUACAAGAGUUCAUUCCUCUCUGUUUCAGAGAAGCUCCCAAGUGUAAAUGGGUUUUCAAAGUAGCUUUGUAUGUCUUUGCUCUCUGAACACGUUUCUUAAGCAUAUUAGCAGUCACUCUGCAAAAUAAACUUACAACUUUU